GCACGCCCUCCAGCUCGAGACUGGCGAGGAUAGCGAGAGACGACCCCACCACCCCCCUCAACAUUGACCUGACCUGCCUUAUCCUGCUUCACUCGGUGCGAAUCAUGCGUUGCGUCAAUGCUUGUUUCUCUGGCGGGUGGUCCCUUGGCCCCCGCGCGUUCCAGGUUUCGACAGAGCCGUCUCGCUUCCUCUGCGACCACGCCCCCUCCCUCUCGUUGACUUUUUGUGUUUUUUUUUUCGUGACGUCUCACCAGAGCAGGUCAGCAGGCCGCUCUGGAGCCGCGCCGUACCAUGUACUUUUACGUCAUUGGAUCGAGGGGCCAUGUCGUGGCUCUGGCGCGCGACAGGCCAGGAGCCGAAACCAAGAAGACAGGCGGUCCGCCGCUUGUUAGGUAA